UUUUUGCUCGUGCACUUGCAUCGCGAUAUAACGAUAAGCAAAUUACAACUUAUUCACUUCAUCCAGGUGUUAUUGAUACAAAUUUGACUUCCAGUAUACCAUUCGCUUCGGUUGCUAAACUAUUCUAUAAGAAAAAAACGGUAGAACAAGGUGCAGCUACAACGGUGUAUUGUGCAUUGAAGCCUGGUUUAGAAAAUGAAAGUGGACGAUAUUUUAAUGACUCCAGCGUUACAAAUUUAGCGGAUAAAUGGACAGAUAACGAUAUUAAUACAUUUUGGGAAUGGACAGAAAAAGUUAUUCGAGAACGAACAGCCAAUUUAUAA